AUGCUGCUGCACCGUGUCUUGAAGCAUUUUUCUGACAAGUUCAUCAAUUCUGAUGGAUUUGAUCUGGCGACUGGGCUGCUCACUGGCGAUGAGCGGCUCAAGUAUACAGGAAGGACUGUUGAUCAGGCAGGCAAUGCUAUCAACGAGGUUAGUGGAGCACUGCGCUUACAAACUGCUGUUGGCAGAACAACUUGUGGUAUCAACAACAAUGAGCUCAAUCGUGCAGUGAACCUCCGCAACAUGCUGAGGACUGACACUCCUACUGUGUUGACUCUGAAACACACAGCACAAUUGUUCUUCACACCAGAUGGCCGCAUCGAUGCCUCGAUUAGUCGAGACUACAGACGAGCGGCUCCACUGGUAGGAGGUGUGCUGAGGCAGUGGAAUCCAGACGCACUCAAUGCAUCAUUGCCAGCUCAAACUGGACUGGUCUGUACUUCAGUUUACUCAACCAGUAUAUGGACGAAACUGUUCACGGCAGCAUUCACUGCUCAGAUCAUCGAAUCUCUUGGUGGUUUUGACGUCUUGGAUGCGGCUGGAGCAAGGAGAUUUACAGACAGUCCAGCAGGUGGCUGGCCCAGUAUACCCUUCCUAAGCCCGGGGUUGAUCGCUCCAGGUCAAUUGGCUGCAAUGUUCGGAGCCCCUGCACCUGGUGUGAUAGGCAACGAUUUGACCGCUGCUCGUUGGGUAUUUGGUGGUGGGCCUGUGGCAAACGCACCAGCAAAUCUUCCACUCGACCUAGCUAACCAUCCUGGACCUGUAAGGUCAGAAGACAUCUUGGUGAUUGAUGAUCUAGGUUCACGGUUGAGUGCGCGUGGCGUUCGCAUUCUUGUCGGAAUUCUGGGGAACAAUUUCUGCCCAUGGGGGCAGCAGGGCCCAGGUGGCCAAUUUGCAUUACAUGGCACACGUGCUUAUCGUGGUAGGCCGCGCUGUGUACUUCUUUUGGGGAGGACCAUGGCUGCUUAUCCUCUGAAUCUGGAUACUAUGCCAGGAUCAGACGAAAUCUACCGACUGAUUGACGACCUAUCGGCGAUACUGCCAGAUGUGGCAGGCAUCGCUCAAGGGUUUUGUGAUGCCAUUACGACUUGCUUUGGGAAGAGGACUUCAAGUUCAGCGAACGCAGCAGUUGCGCAGGAUCUUGGUGGAGCCUAUCCUGAUGCAGCGGCAGCUACAUGGAACUUGGGUGCUGAUCUCGACCCUGCACAUGGUGGAUUCAUAUCUCCACGAGUGUAUCUCGACACUAUAAACCAGGUCUUUGGCGGUGUCUUCAGUAAGGAACAGCCAGCAGACCUUGGGAGGUUAACAGCUACGCUGGUCAAUUUGGAUGCAGGACAAUUUGCCAGCAAAAUGUCAUGGUUGGCGGAUGCUGCGACGACUAUAAGCAGCGCCUUUGACGGCAAUUACCUCCCAGCUGGAACUCAAAUUGACAAUCCAGGCGCAUUGUUCUCACAGAUGUCACAGCUAUGGCAGCGUGUACCUGUGGGGAUCAACGAUGUGCAUACGAUGCCAACGAUCCAGCAUGGUUUCUUAGCAAACAGGACAAUCUUUUUGGCUUUGAUGGCUGAGGAUGAUCCUGUUAUGCAGCGCAUGUUCAUUGGCGCUGAUGCUUCAGAGAUAGAUUUUCCCGCAAAUGCCAGGACUGGUUGUCUCACUGGUUUUCGUGAUUCAAUCUUACCAAGUCAAGGGGCCAUGGAAAAAUGUGCCUUCAAGAUGGUUCCUGGAUUGCUGGAACCAUAUCGGGUCGCGACUCAAGAGCUAUGCAAACAGGAAUGCGAUCACAUUUCUUGGUCGCUGGUGACUCCUCAAGUCAUCGGGAGAUCAUGGGCAGCGGUGAGAGAUGUGGAGAAUGUGCAAAUCGAAGUUGAGGAAGAUGAUCCCUCAUCUGCAGCCAGGAAUGGUGUGAAAUCAUUCGCUGCUUUUGUGGCAGCAGCACUGCGCGAGGCAGCUGGGGGCGCUGCGUUGGUACCACCGCAAUUUGCAAACAUGUUGCGGCUUCAGAUCUCAUUUCAUGAUUCGGGGGUUAUCCUUCAGACAGGUGUGAUUCAAGUUCCACUUGAUACGAAUGGUUUCCUGGUCAUUGAGACUAUGCCAAACAUUGGUAGGCAAGGAUAUGUUAGCAUGGAGCAGUUUGAGGACUUGGUAUCCAGGAACCUGGGCGACCUGGUCGAGAGAGCUCUUGAGGGCAUCUCCACGGAUGAGGAGUAA